GAUGAGUAAUCUCCGGUGCCCCUCCCCUAGCAGGGCUGGGCUGGAGACCGCUGCACCGGGGGCUGCUGGGAGAUUGCACCGUCCAUAACGGUUACUUCAUAUACAGAUUUUAGGUACCUAUUUCUGAAUAACUGUGCACUGGAACGUCACCCCAAAAGUGAAGGCGAAGACUGCUUUAUUUUCAGCGCUGGAGAUUUUCUUCCCUCAAGCUCCUGUGGCCCAGAGACAGUGAAGGAUGAUUCCGUUUGGGGGCAUCUCGGCCUGCAUACACACGCAGAGACUGAAAGCUGACGGGAUGGGGUCCAAAGAGCAGGCGGUGAGGUUCCUCAACCAGGACUACGAGGCCCUCAAGCAGGAGUGCUUGGACGGGGGGACGCUCUUUGAGGACCCCUGCUUCCUCGCUCAGCCCCAGUCCCUCGGCUUCAAGGAGCUGGCCCCACAGUCCUCCAAAACCCGGGGGGUGAAGUGGGUGCGACCCACGGAGUUGUCGAAGAACCCACAGUUUAUCGUGGGCGGAGCUACGAGAACUGACAUCUGCCAGGGGGCGUUAGGUGACUGCUGGCUCCUGGCAGCCAUCGCCUCUCUCACCCUGAAUGAGACAGUGCUCCACCGGGUGGUUCCUCACGGCCAGAGCUUCCAGGAUGACUACGCCGGAAUCUUCCACUUCCAGUUCUGGCAGUUCGGGGAGUGGGUGGACGUCGUCAUUGACGACAGGCUUCCGGUGAAGGAUGGAGAGCUGAUGUUCGUUCACUCCGCCGAGGGGAAUGAGUUCUGGAGCGCUCUGAUCGAGAAGGCCUACGCCAAGCUGAACGGGUCGUACGAGGCCCUGUCUGGGGGCAGCACCACGGAAGGGUUUGAGGACUUCACGGGGGGCGUGUCGGAGAUGUUCGAGCUGCGCAGCGCCCCCAAGGACCUGUACAGGAUCAUCAGCAAGGCCCUGGAGAGGGGCUCUCUGCUGGGCUGCUCCAUCGAUAUCACCAGUGCCUUUGACAUGGAAGCUGUCACCUUUAAGAAGCUGGUGAAAGGUCACGCCUACUCUGUCACUGGGCUGAAGCAGGUGAGCUUCAGGGGUGGAAUGGAGAGGCUGAUCCGGAUCCGGAACCCCUGGGGGCAGGUGGAGUGGACCGGGGCCUGGAGUGACGGCUCCUCUGAGUGGGACCAGAUCGACCCGGGGGACCGGGAGGACAUGAACUGCCGCAUGGAGGACGGGGAGUUCUGGAUGUCCUUUAAGGAGUUCACGCGGCAGUUCUCGCGCUUGGAGAUCUGCAACCUCACGGCCGACGCUCUCAGUGACGACACCCUCAGUUUCUGGCACACCAUCAAGUUCGACGGCACCUGGAGGAGGGGCAGCACGGCAGGGGGGUGCAGGAACCACCCCAACACGUUCUGGAUAAACCCGCAGUUUAAGGUCACCCUGCUGGAGGAGGACGACGACCCCGAGGACGACGAGGUGGCCUGCAGCUUCCUGGUGGCGCUCAUGCAGAAGGAUCGCCGCAGGUUCCGCCGCCAGGGGCAGGACAUGCACACCAUCGGCUUCGCCGUGUACGAGGUUCCUGACGAGUUCCGGGGUUGCCAGAGUGUUCACCUGAAGAAGGACUUCUUCCUGAAGCACUCCUCGUGCGCACGCUCCGAGACCUUCAUCAACCUGCGGGAGGUGAGCGCCCGGCUGCGCCUCCCCCCCGGGGAGUACAUCGUCGUCCCCUCCACCUUCGAGCCCAGCAAGGAGGCCGACUUCGUCCUCCGCGUCUUCACAGAGAAGCAGUCCGAGACCGAAGAGUUGGAUGAUGAUGUCACGGCUGAUUUGGAAGACCAGGAGGAAAUCUCAGAAGACGAUGUUGACGAAUCUUUCAAGGUCAUGUUUAGGCAGCUCGCCGGUGAGGACAUGGAAAUCUCUGUCUUCGAGCUCAGAACCAUCCUGAACAGAGUGGUGACCAAACACAAGGACUUAAAGACAGACGGAUUCAGCAUGGAGUCCUGCAGAAGCAUGAUUACCCUCUUGGACAAAGAUUGCAGCGCCCGAUUGGGCAUCGUGGAGUUCCAGAUUCUGUGGAACAAGAUCCGAAAGUGGCUGGGAAUAUUCCGGCAGUUUGACCUUGACAAGUCAGGCGCCAUGAGCUCCUAUGAGAUGCGCCUUGCCUUGGAGUCCGCAGGCUUCAAGCUGAACAACAAGCUGAUCCAGGUCAUGGUGGCAAGAUAUGCAGAGAACGAGACCAUAGACUUUGACAACUUUGUCUGCUGUGUGGUCAAGCUUGAGUCCAUGUUUAGGGCUUUCAAGGAGCUGGACAAAGAUGGGACAGGCGUGGCUGAAAUGAACAUUACUGAGUGGCUGUUCAUGACCAUGUGCGGCUGAGGAGAAACUGCUCAGAGGAAGAAAGGGGCUGGAUCAUCCUGCCAACACGGGCCUAUCAUAGCCCUCAGUUUCUGCAUAAGUCCCACCCGCCCUGCCUUAACUUCCAACCAAUCCAGAGGUGACUGAGGUCUAAACCACGUCUAUAUGGCCUUACUACUUAUGACCAAUGAUCCCUAACACUUCCGUCUACUGUGCUUAACCACUCCCAUUUUUACACUAUGCAGAAAUACUGUUCUCACACAGAACAUUUAAACUGCAUGUAGCAAUACAUUACAAUAGAGGAACAUUUAACCUUCAUGAAGCAGUAAAAUAAAGUGGAGAGAGGACUGAAGCCCCUGCAGCAGCCCCUGUAAAAAUUUCAUUUUCUUUCCAUUUGUCUUCCGUAUUAUGUCUUGACUGCAUGUGAUGUGGCUAUGGAAAGGUUAGGGAAAGAUUGUAGUGGAAUGUAUUAGUAUCUAUCGUUGUAGUGGCAUUCCAUUAAUUCAUUUCAACUUGAUAUAUACAGUUAUGCACAUUCUAUCCUUUUAGUCUAGCUCUUUUCUGGAGAAUUUUGCUAUGAAAGAUGGUGUAUAAUGAAGAGACCCAAGAUAUAAAGUACAGUGUAUUUCACAAUUGCAAUGCAAGUGACAGAACUGUACAUUACAAACACAAAGAUGUUGCCAAUUUAUUUCAAGGGUUAAUUUGGCAAUUAUUAAUUUAUUAAUAUGGAUUUACAUCCCCAUCUUGUACACUGUAGUUACUCUUCUGCUACUCUACAAGUAAAGAAACAUCUGCUUUGUACUCAUAAGUCGUAAGCUGAAAUGUAGCCUAGUGGAGAAACAGUAAUAAAUCCAACAUUGCGCAUAUUUAUAAAAUUUUUAGGUGGCAAAGGGGGUACUAUUUAAAAGACCAUGUGAGCUAUGUAAAAUGUCAUAAUUAUCAUCCAGAAGCGUUUGAAGGGAUCCAUCUUGCCUCACUUGCCACGAUUUUAUAAAAACCAUCUCUAAACAGAUGAGAAUUCUGAAACUUAGGCUUAUCAUUUGAUCCAUAUUGAAAGUUUUCUCAUCAAAAAUGGCAGUUGAUCUCUAUAGAUGGCAGAUAUAGGAUAUAGCAGAUGGCAGAAAGCAUAUUUAAAGACAGCAUUGCUAAUGUUGUAGCUUUAAUACUGUAAGCCUCUGCCAGUUGAUGAGUUUUUUUAAUGGUUUAGCAUUGAAGGACGUGCAAAUAUGUAAGGCUUACCAUUACUACAUUAUACCUCAAUAAACUACAAAAAUGAAAGCA